GUUUAGAUUAAAGCGAAAAUACUCUAUACCUAUAGCAUAUCACAGAACAGUUUUUGUUACUCAGACCAAAGUCAAAGCUGUUUUAUAUCUGAUUCGCAUUGUAAAUUGUCUUUUAUAAAUUAAUUGUGUAUGUAUUGUGGGACUUACUUGAAGCUUGUAUUUGGGGCUUUGGUUUACAUUCAUUGUUACUUUCUGAAAAGGUUAUUCAGUCAAUCUGUAUGCAACUGUUACGCGUCGCCUCGACCAUGUCAUACCAAGGAUCACCAUAUUCGGGCCCUGGCGAUGAAUAUGAUUUCGAAGAUGAUGGUUACGAUGACAUAGAAGAAUACAGGGAUCCAGAAGAUCCCGUGCCUCCGCCUCUGCUUGACGACAGUGAUGAAGACACAGAAGAGGCAAGUGAAGCAGAGCUUCCAAACAAUGAUGAGCCACAAGAAAUGAAGGAACAAAUGUACCAAGACAAGUUACUUAAUUUGAAAAAACAACUGCAGCAGCUGGAGGACAAAAUACAUCCAGACUUUGUGAAGAAGGUUAAAAAAUUGGAGCAUCAACUACAUGAGAGGUUGAGAUUAAACAAAUUAUAUAAAGAGCGUAUGCAUGAGGUUGUAGAGAGAGAGUAUAUAGCAGAAAAAAAAGCAGCUGCAAAAGAGUUUGAAGAAAAGAAGAUAGAGUUACGAGAAAAUUUGCUGAAUGACUUAGAGGAGAAGCGAAAGUUGAUUGAAAGUGAACGGCAUAGUAUGGAGCUGAAUGGAGAUUCAAUUGAGGUGAAACCUCCAAUGAAGCGCAUACUGCGUCGACGUGCCAACGAGCCCGCGCCUGCGCCGGAGAAGCGUCGCAAACCCAUUACCACCACGCUCACCUACCAGCUGGACGAGCGGGACUGCGACCUGGACCUGCGAGCCAUCGCUAGGACUUCGCCCCCGCCCAGGCAUCACACGCCGUCACAUAACUCACAGCCUAGAAAACAUGUCAACUCAACUAGCUGUGACUCGCCUGUGAGGGAGCCCACUGGAGGCGGAGAUACACCUGAGACGCGGGUGGAGGAUGGUAAACUGUUGUAUGAGCGACGAUGGUACCACCGCGGACAGAGCGUUUAUGUGGAGGGAAAGGAGAUGUCCAGGUUCCCAGGGCAUAUACAUGCCAUCACUGAUGAUGCGAUACACGUAAAAAAGGCGAAUGCAGAGCGAGUGAGGAUAUAUGUGUCACAGUUAGCGCGCGGGAAAGUGACGCUAAAAAGACGUGCUUCGUAAAAGUGACAGUGUUUCACGGUCGGCCUGUCUUGUCUCCACUUGCCUCUACUAUUUAACACUGCACUGGCGGCUGUCAAAGUGCGUGUUUGAUAUUCGCCAUUUUGGCGCUGUUGGCCAUAGCGAGAGUCUGCGGUACUAAAACUAGUGAUGACGACCUCAGCUAAACAAACAUCGAUGAUCGGAAACUAUUUACAAAAAAAAAAUGUGUUUUUUAUUACGUUGAUUCCUGAAGUAUAAAUAACACGGAAAACGAACGAAAUUAAUUCAAAAUGCAACAAUAGUUCACAGUAAUGUACGCUUCUCUCGCAGCCAUUUGUAUUAUACGUCAAAAUUAGUUCCCUGGACGCUCGCGAGUGGCGCUUCAAAUAGGCACAAAGAAAUUGCUGUCAAACAUGGACCAGCCUGUCCAUAUAUAUAUAUAUAUAUAUAAUGGUAUUUAUACAGGUCAGUGUCUUAUUCAUGACGUUAAUGUCCAUAACAGUGUGAACGGAGUGAUCUGUACCUGUGACUGUGAUAGUACCAUUCAGACAUAUUUUAAAGGUACUCUGGUCAUGUCAACCUGGGAUCACUAAACAAGGGCGUGAAUUCCAUAAUCUAAUUCUAUAGUAAAAGUAUUACAAUUCUACAGUAUUUAUGUAAAAAGACCUAUUUCGGUCGCAGAUCAACAUUCAAUUAAUUAAAGGGUCAAGUCCUUUCGUCUAUCAAACCUUUAAAUGUGUUUUGGCUGUGACAUGUCCAUGUGAGUUUAUUAGUGUUAAUAUAUAAAAUACUUUUAAAUAUGAAUUUCACAGUAAAAUUUCAUAGUAGAAAUGUGGCUAUUGUCACAUUUUUUAUGUCAAUGAGUUUAUAUUAAAAUAAUUUAGAGUGCUUUAUUGAAUGAUCAAUAGUUUCUUAAAAUAUUUAUUGUUUUUUUAUUAGUUCUCUUAAGUAUUUUUUAUUAAAGAGAUAUAAAGUUAAAGUCUGAACUAAAUUCAAAUGUAUUAUGUUUUUAUCAGAUUGCGAAUUUCUAAAAUAAAAUUUGACUAAAGAUACUAAUGGUAGUUUAUUAUUAUAAAUGCAAUGGUCCUUUUUAUCCAAAAAAUUGUUAGUCAAUUUUUUUCGAGCCAGAUUAUUUAAUUAUUUAAAGGUAUUCCUUCCUUUGAAAGAGAAUGAUUUUUCGUUGAUAAUGAAAUUUGUCUUUGCACACCUAUGUGAAUUUUUGCAAUGGCAAAAAUAGUUUGCUCACCUAUACCAAUUUUUAUAAUGACAAAAAUAGUUUGUAUUGUAUACACGAUGUUUUUAGUGAUAUUGAAAUUGUCCUUGUAUGCUCACCUAUAUGAAUAUUUAUUAUGAUUAAAAUGGUUUCUUUGUAUACAGGAUGUAUAUUAUGAUCUCUGUAACAUCACCGAAUUACAUUUUUUUUAUGUUUGCUAAAAGUCCGCUUGAGGAAAAUAACCUAUAUUUAUUAAUAAGCUAUCACUUUGAAAUAUAAUAAUCACACAUUUGUAUGCAAUCAAAAUUUAAAAAGAUGAAAUCAUACAAUUUAAAUUCUUAAAUUUAUUUAUUUAUAUAUUUUUAUAAUUGUGCAUUAAUAUUCAAAAUCAAUGAAAUAGAAGAGAAUCGAAUGAAUUUUAUAAUGAGUUGAUUUCAAUAAUUCGUUCUAUUUUCGACUUAUGAAUUGUCCUUAAAAGUACUCUACUUUUGUCUAAUUUUUGUUUUGUUUAAAUUGACGCAUAACUUGCUUUGGUUAUUUUUGAAAUAACACAUCUAUUGUCAGAAAGAAACAAAUCUAAGGUACAGAAGAGUUUCUUUGCUAUACUGUAAAAUUAUCAUUAUGAAUUGUACAUAGUUAAAAUGUAAAUAGUUAAGUUAGUAAUAUAUAUUUUGUAAAUGUGUAAAUAUUGAUCAAAUGUUAUAUGAUGUAAUGUUAUAUAAGCUGUAAAUACAUAUAAUUUUUACUUAAAGUACAUGAGAACAAGAUCUUUAUUAUAUAUAAUAAUUAGAAAUUA